CGGCCCCCGAAACAUCCCACAUCAGCAAGAUUGAUAAGCACGAGAUUCUUCAUUCUAAUGGUGUACCACGGCCCGUCCAAAGGAUGCAACUCGUGCCGGGUGCGGCGGAAAAAGGUUUAAGUGCUAAUACUUGUGAUUUCAGUGUGAUGAAGGACGUCCGGUAUGUAACGCUUGAUUCUGGAGGUUCUGUGUCGUCGAAGGCUGAGAUUCCAUCAUGGAACCUUCUGUGGCUC